AUAUCUCGCCAACCUACUGUAAUUAAACCUCUGUGAUUCACAGAUGAUGAAUCUUCAAGCUCAGAUUUUUCCUGAAAGGAAAUUGUACUAUAUAACAAUCAAUUCUCCAAUCUCUCAGCCCAUUGUGGAGAAACUCUCAUUUGUGAAGAGAAAGAUCUAAGCCCAUUGUGGAGAAAAGAAACUCUCAUUUGUGAAGAGCAAGAGACAAUGGAGGAAGCAAAACUGAAGUUGUAUGACAUGAUGAUUUCUCUAGCGAAGCCCAUGGCUCUGAGAUCUGUUGCUUUGCUCAAUAUCCCUGAUAUCAUGGCCACCCAUGGCCAAGAAACUCACUAUCUCUCCGUAGAGGAGAUAGCUUCUCAUAUGUCUCCUCCUCCUGCAAAUCUAGAAAUUCUCUGCCGCAUUCUGAGGUUUUUGGCUUCCCAUGGUGUGUUCGCUGAAAGUGGGGAUAGAUUUGGAUUGAAUGAUGUUUCAAAAUUGCUUGUGCAGAAAGGGAAUGAAGAAUCGUUGGCACCAUAUCUGCUGUUUGUAAGUGGGAAGGUGGCGGUGGGUCCUUGGCAACAUUUGGAUGCAGCUGUGGUUGAAAACUGUAAUCCAUUUGAGAAGGAAUAUGGAAUGAGUAGCUGGGAAUACGCAAGCAAAAAUCCCAAGUCAGCCAUGACCUUUCACCGUGGUAUGGCGUCUUAUGCAAACUCUGUCAUGCCUUAUGUGGUUGAAAAGCACAAAGGGUUUGAGGAUAUAAAAAGCUUGGUGGACGUUGGGGGAGGUGUGGGGGCUUCCUUGCAUAGCAUAGUAAGCAAAUAUCCUCACAUUCAUGGCAUCAAUUUUGAUCUUCCUCAUGUGGUGAGCAAUGCGCCUCCUAUUCCCGGUGUAGAACACGUAGGUGGCAGUAUGUUUGAGGGAAUACCUACAGCUGAUGCAGUAUUUCUCAAGUGGGUGUUGCAUAACUGGGAUGACAAGCAUUGUGUGACACUACUAAAGAAAUGUUAUGAUGCCAUACCAGAAAAUGGUAAGGUUAUAAUUGUGGAGACAAUUGUAGAAAGCCAAGGAAGUUUGAUGAGGCCUCUGCAACUAUCUUUUGACAUGUCCAUGAUUUUCUGCAAUGGAGGUGCAAAGGAGAGGACUGAAGAAGAAUUCAAAUCCCUAUUUAAGGAUUCUGGAUUUAAAUGCUACAUAAUAACCAAGUUGCCAUUAUUGGAGUCGAUUAUAGAGCUAUCAAAAUUUUUAAGUAUAGAUCUCACCCAUUUCCCUAUUUCUAAUGUACAUUACAAAUUAUAUAUUUUCAACUUCUAAGUCCCUUUAUACCCAAUGUCAUUUAAUUUGGAUAAGUUGGUUUUAUUAUGUUUGAAAUUAUAAUUAUGUAUGUUAUUCAAAUUUCAAACAACUGGAUUUCCUUAAAAUAUUUUGUGAUGAA